AUGAUUUUAGAAAUGAAGAAACACAAUAUUGAUAUACUCGGCGUAAGCGAAACAUGGUGGCCCGACUGCGGAGAAUUCUUUUCUCAAAACACAAAGGUUUAUUACUCUGGCAACCAAAACAAACAUCAUCGUAAUGGAGUAGGCAUACUAAUGAUAAAGGAUAUUACAAAAUUUGUUACUGAAUUCAUUCCCAAAUCCGAUAGGGCUAUGAUGGUAAAAAUAAAUGCCAAACCACUUAAUAUAAAUAUUAUUCAAGUAUAUGCACCAACUGCUGACAAAAGUGACGACGAAAUAAAAUCUUUUUAUGCUGAAUUAAAUGAACUUAUGCGACUGACCAAAUCACAUGAAAUAAACAUUAUUCAAGGAGACUUUAAUGCAAAGGUUGGAAAAGGAGAAGUUAAUGGAGUUGUGGGCCAGUAUGGACUAGGUGAAAGAAAUGAUACAGGAGAUCGACUAAUACAAUUCUGUCAAGAAUAUAAAUUAAAGACUUCAAAUACUAUGUUCAAUUUACCUCCUCGUAGACUAUAUGCGUGGAAAUCUACAUCUGAAACUCCUGAUAACAUUAUCAGAAAUCAAAUAGACUUCAUCCUAAUUAAUUAUCGUUUCUGCUCUUCAUCUGACCAUAAUCUUCUAAUGGCGAAAAUUUGCAUAAGAUUAGCAUCAAAUCGCAAAAAGAAACCAAGCCUUAAACUCAACUUAGAAGAACUACGAAAUGAUGACAUAAAAUGUUCAUUAAAAAAUAAAAUAAAUCAUAACAUUAGUAGUAUUGAUUCUAGGAACCCAAAUAAUAUAUGGGAGCAACUCAAGACAACGAUUACAUCUUCAUCGAAAGAAAUUUAUGGAUCAUAUAGAAAAGAAAUAAAAAAUCAUUGGAUGAGCGAAGAUAUAGAGAAAUUGAUAAAUGAACGUCGUUAG